UCCCCGGUGGGGUUCUCAACUUCCUCGAGGCCUCUCUCUCUUCCAUCAUCUCCUCUCCAAAAUUCAAGCCUUUGUUUUCCUUUCUCCUCUCCUCUGUCGAAACCCUAGAUUGCCCCUCAUAUCCCCCGAUCUCGUCUCCUCAAUUUUCCCAAUUUCACCCGACGUGACGCGAUCCCUAAUUCGAAACCCUAGCUCCAAUCGAAGCCGCAGGAAUCAAUGAAAUUAGGCUCCAUGGAUCCGUCAUCAAUCUUCCAUCCAGCUGAUUACUUCUGCCCUAGUUUGUCAAAGCUUUCAACUUUAAUGAAAUUGCCACCGACGAUUGCUGGAAUUACGCUUUUGCCACUUGGGAAUGGAGCGCCUGAUGUUUUUGGCAGCAUUGCCGCUUUCUUAGGGACUGGCAAUGGCGAGGUUGGGCUUAAUAGUGUGUUGGGUGGAGCUCUGUUUGUUACUUCUGUUGUUGUCGGGCUUAUAUCGUUAUCUGUUGCCGAGAAGAAUUUUCAAAUUGAUCGGAAAUGCUUUAUCAGAGACGUUUGCUUCUUCUUGUUUACUUUGAUGGCAUUGUCUUUGAUUUUGAUAUUUGGAAAGAUUGGAGUUUGGGGGGCAAUUGUUUUUGUUUCUAUCUAUAUGAUUUAUGCCUUUGUUGUGGCCGCAAAUGAGGUGUUGAGGAAGCAUGCAAAGAGAUUAAAAUUGGAUAUUGUGACCCCGAUGCUUCCAGUUAGAGGAAGCAUUUUCUCUCAUGGAAGUGAAGAGGAUGAAUCGGUCUAUAGUCCGCUGCUUGAUGAAUUUGUCAGUGAUGCCCCGAAGCUUGAUACCUCAUUGCCUCAGUGGAUGUGGGCUUCAAAAAUGGCUAUUUAUUCUAACUGUGGAGAAACGUCGAGGCCUUUGUGGGGUUGGAAAGAGGAAGAAGAGCAAGAUGAUGAUAGGAAUUUCUCUUGCGUCAAACUAUUUUCAUUGUUGGAGAUGCCACUGACGCUCCCGAGGAAGUUAACAAUCCCCAUUGUUGAGGAAGAGAGGUGGUCAAAAGGGUAUGCUGUUGCUAGUGCUUCUUUAUCACCUAUACUCUUGGCAUUUCUUUGGAAGUCAGGAGAAGAUGAGGGUUCAAAAGCUAGUAUUGCUUCCUUUGUUGUUGGUGGUGUUUUCAGCAUCAUUCUUGGAGUUCUUGCUUUCUCUUUCACGGCAUCUGAUCGCCCGCCUCGAAGGUUCUUUUUCCCUUGGGUUUUGGGAGGAUUUCUGAUGAGCAUAACGUGGUUUUAUAUCAUUGCAAAUGAGCUAGUUUCACUUUUGGUGGCUUUCGGUAUAAUUUUUGGGAUCAACCCUGCUAUUCUUGGAUUAACAGUGAUGGCAUGGGGUAAUUCAAUGGGAGAUCUGAUGUCAAAUGUGGCUUUGGCAGUGAAGGGCGGAGAUGGCGUUCAGAUUGCCAUGUCAGGAUGCUAUGCGGGGCCUAUGUUCAACACACUUGCUGGUUUGGGUGUUUCUAUGCUACUUGGUGCUAUAUCAGCUAACCCAUCACAGUAUAUGCUUCCACAAGAUAGUUCACUGAUAUAUACUAUGGGUUUUUUAAUGGCUGGCCUUGUGUGGUCCCUUUUUGUUUUACCCCAGAAUGAUAUGCGUCCUAAUAAGUUGCUAGGGUUUGGGCUUAUAGCGCUAUACAUUGUGUUCCUCUCUGUAAGGAUAAGCGGUGCAAUGGGUGUUGUAUCAUUGGCUGGGUUACGUUAACCGUGUAUAUAUAUUUAUUGAAAGGAUAUGCACUUGUCAAAGAAUAACAUAUUUACUGGUUGCUUUUUACUUUCGGCGAAUACACUAUGUAUUCAUGGA